GCUGGGGAGGACCUCUUUUCUCUGGAAUAAUUUAUGAAGUGUCUGUCAGUGCUGCUGGUGAAGUGGGUUGGUAGGAGUGGCUGAUGCGCUGGCAGCCUGCUUUGCAUGAAGUUGGUGGCUGCAGCUUGGAUAUUUCCUGUCAGCCGCACACAGCCGAGGCGACGGAGGAGACGAGGAGAGGGAUGGCAGAGAACAGCUCCGAGACAAGUAGCGCCGUUCACCGGAGAUGUUUGGCCCAUUCUCCGGUGGAGAGAAACAUUUCAGCCGGUGUCGGGGCAUCGAAAUGGAUUCGACUAAACGUCGGCGGGACGUAUUUUUUAACAACGAGACAGACGCUGUGUAGAGAUCCAAAAUCAUUUCUGUACAGACUGAGCCAAGCUGACCCCGAGCUCGACUCCGACAAGGAUGAAACUGGUGCCUAUCUCAUAGACAGAGACCCCACAUACUUUGGGCCAGUGCUUAACUACUUGAGGCAUGGCAAACUGGUGCUCAACAGGGACUUGGCAGAGGAAGGUGUGCUAGAAGAAGCUGAAUUCUACAAUAUCACAUCAUUAAUAAAGCUCCUCAAGGACAAGAUCAGGGAACGCGACUGUAAAACAUCACAGGUUCCAGUGAAGCAUGUGUACCGGGUGCUGCAGUGCCAGGAGGAGGAGCUGACACAGAUGGUGUCUACCAUGUCUGACGGCUGGAAGUUCGAACAGCUGGUCAGCAUAGGCUCAUCUUACAACUACGGAAACGAAGACCAAGCCGAGUUCCUGUGUGUAGUCUCCAAGGAGCUGCACAAUCAAUCAUACGGGACAAACAGUGAGCCCAGUGAGAAGGCCAAGAUCCUUCAGGAAAGGGGUUCCCGGAUGUGAAGAGGACUCAGUAUUAUGAGCUCCAGGUGUUAUGAUGCAAACAUAUCAUCUUUGUGGAAGAACGUUUGGCACAAUGGAGAUUUAAAGAGGAGGGUGUGAAUUUAUUUUGCGUUUUCCCUCCUUUGUUUUUAUUUCUGGAUGUAAAUAAGUCUGUUUACUGACAAUGUGCCUGUACAUUUAAACUGGACCUUUUUUUGAAUUAGCGGCAAGUUUUUUUUUUUUCUUUUUUCUAAUUGAAAGUAAGGAAUUGCAGUCUACAAAUGUUUUGUGCUAUAACAUGUGGCCAUUGUCAUAUAAGGCCAAUUCACUCAGGGUCAUCUGUUGAGUUAAAUCUUACAUCCUCCAACUCAAGGGUCUGCUAAGGGAUCAAUCCGUAUGGUAUCAAACCUUAAAAUCUUUGUUUAGAGAUGUUAAGAAGGGAGUUGUGCAUUUAUUUAGCACAUGUUAAAGAGUUAUUAGCUAUUAAGUGUGAAAUUCACCCCAAAUAACAAAUCGGUAACAUAUUUUCCAAAGAUUUCAAACAGUUCUACUGAGAUUUGUGA